CCUGAAAUAUAUCACCAUCCACCACCACCUUGGAGAAUCAUUCUCUCUCUCUCUCUCUCUCUCUCUCAUCCCAUUUCUUCGGUAUCAAUCAUUGGAUGAUAUAUAGUGGUUAAAGACUUGCGAAAUGAGUGACCGUCCUUCUGAACUUCGGAGGCCUGCUUCAGGUAAAAGAAGAUUGAAAGAUCUAUUGCUUCAAAAGGAUAAUCGCUCGUGUGCUGACUGUGGUGCGCCAGAUCCUAAAUGGGCGUCAGCUAAUAUUGGAGUUUUUAUAUGCUUAAAAUGUUGUGGCGUGCACAGAAGCCUUGGCACACAUAUUUCAAAGGUUUUGUCUGUGACGUUGGAUGAAUGGUCCAAUGAUGAAAUUGAUUCAAUGAUUGAAGUUGGCGGAAAUUCUUCUGCGAACUCAAUUUACGAGGCUUUUAUCCCUGAAGGAUUCAAGAAGCCUGGACCAGAUGCCAGUCAUGAGGAGCGUUCAAUAUUUAUCCGGUCUAAGUAUGAGCUUCAAAAAUUUUUGAAACCUAGCUUGCGGAUUACAUCAAUUCCUUCCACAAAGAGCUCUCUCCAAUCAAGUUUUUCCAAGAAAAUUAUGGAUAGCUUCCGAAGUACAAAUUCACAGAAUUUGGAAGGCAUGGUAGAAUUUAUGGGAUUAUUGAAGGUAAAAGUGGUUAAAGGAGUGAAUUUAGCUGUUCGAGAUAUGCUGUCAAGUGAUCCUUAUGUUGUCUUGACUCUAGGUCAACAGACUGUCCAGACAACUGUAGUGAAGAGCAACUUGAAUCCAGUUUGGAAUGAAGAACUCAUGCUAUCCGUUCCUCAGCAAUUUGGACCCCUAAAAUUGAGGGUGUUUGAUCAUGACACCUUUUCCGCUGAUGAUAUAAUGGGAGAGGCAGAGAUUGAUCUUCAACCCUUGAUAACAUCCGCAAUGGCGUUCGGAGAUGCAGAAAUGUUCGGAAACAUGCAGAUCGGGAAAUGGUUGAAGUCCCAUGACAACGCCCUCAAAGAAGAUAGCACUGUUAACAUUGUUGAUGGGAAGGUAAAGCAGGAGGUGUCGCUGAAGCUUCAAAAUGUGGAAUCUGGAGAAAUGGAGCUAGAACUAGAGUGGAUGCCUCUUGACCAAUAGGUACAUAUUUUUAUCAUUCUUUCAAAUUUCUUCUAAUAAGAAUGAUUUUGAUGGGGAUAUUUAUUCCAAAGGAAUGACACUCCGUACUCUAUAUUUCUUACUCUUGUAUUUAUAUAUUUAUUUAAUCUUAAUUCAGUACUUUCCUUUUCUGUGUAGUACUGAGAUUUGCUCAGUUUAUAAAAAAGAAUUUCGAUAUUUAUGUUGGUGGGCUUUGAUUUUCACCAUGUACCUGUCUGUACCUUGAUCUUGUGUUCUACGAUUGAUGUUCAAUAUGUACUUUUGUAGUUUGAUCAGUU